GUCGCCGCUUUUAUUGCAGAAACAAUACCUAGCUCAACGCUUGGUUGUGUGCCUGCUUGCGGUGAAUAUUCUGCGGGUAUCCGGGAUAUUUCCGAUAAGUAUGGCAUCUUCCUUAUUCUAGACGAAGUAAUGUCUGGCAUGGGCAGGACGGGGAGCUUACAUGCCUGGCAGCAAGAGCCAAACUUUCGUGGUCCUGACCUUCAAAUGAUUGGCAAAAGUUUGGGUGGCGGCUUCAUAUCGCUCUCGGGCCUUCUAGUGGGCGAGAAGGUCGAAUCAAUCCUCCGGACCGGAACAGGAACUAUUUCGCACUCGCAGACGUUUCAGAACCAUGCUCUCGCGUGCGCAGCUGCCCUGCAGGUUCAAAAGAUAAUAGAGCGCGACAAUCUGCUCAGAAGCGUGCAGGAUAUGGGUCAAGAGCUGGAGAGACAGCUCCGGGAACACAUACUGCCUCUCAAGGUUGUCGGAGAUGUCAGAGGCAGGGGACUGUAUUGGGCAGUCGAAUUUGUUGGAAACAAGGAGACGAAAGCCCAGAUCCCUCCGGAACUCGGCUUUUCCAAGAAGGUAAUGGCGGCGGCGAUGGCUCGAGGACUGCUUCUCCAUGGAAAGCAUGCUCAAGCGGGAACUCUUUACAACGUAGAGCACGUGAUGGUACUGCCUCACUUUAUGGUAUCACGCUCCCGUAUACAUGAUAUUGUGGGGCGACUUAAAGAUGCAAUAACAGAGUGUAUGUAA